AUGCCGGGCCUGCUCUUCAUCACUCUCAUCAGCGCUCUCGUGUCCAGCUGUGACGGUUUCAGACGGACCUCGUCCCAGCGCGUCUCACCGCUCAGACAGGAUGAAGGCCCAGCCCAGGAAUUAGUCCGAACCAAACGCCACUCAGUCCAGGAGCUGGUGCGAGCCCAGCCUCACUUGGUUCAUGACAUGGGCUGGCCCGAGAUUCACGAAGUAUCCAGAUCCGAGGUGGAGUCUAACUCGUCUCAGUUAAAGCCACCGUCCCCCGGAGGUCAGGACGCAGACAGGACCGCGGCGGCUGUGGACGAAGACGUGGAAGAGGAGAUGGAGCGUAUGGUCCAUUUGGCAGCUCCACAGGACGCAGGAGGUCACAGGGGUCACACGGACCCCGACACGGAGCCCUUCGGUGGGCCGGGUGCCGGCGAUGCCUCCCAGGAGGCCUCCGGCUUCUAUGGGACGGACACGGAGGACAGAGACAGAGGAGAGGAGGGAGGAGAAGACCGAGAGAGAAGAGGAGGAGAGGACGAGUGGGAGGAGAGAGAGAGGAGAAGGGGGGACGAGCGGGACGCUUCAGACGUCAGCCACCUUACCCCAGAUCUGGACGCUCUGAUUGGCUACAGUCCAUCCCUCCACCCCUCCAGCUCCCUGCAGCCCAUCAUCUCCUCCCCAGCUGAGCUGCAUGAUCCUGGGCUACAAGAACAUCGAGCGUCCCCUGUCCUGGAGAUGGGUCCUUUAGAGAGGGAGCUGUGGGAGGCGGAGGGGGAGGAAGACGUUCAGUCCAGUGGAUACGGAGUCCGUCGUUCCUCCAUCGCUACCACGACGACAACAUCCACAUCCGCUUCCGCUGCUGCUGCUGCAGGCGGAGACGCUGCAGGAACCUCGGCCCCGGAGACGGACACUGGCACGGACUUCGGGCUGCUGGGAAGUUUUACAAAAGAUGAGACGGAGGAUGAGGAGACCGAGCGGGAGGAGGAAGAGGAGCACGCCGGCCUGUUUACCCAGAGUCCCACUGUAGCAGAGGUCGGCCUGGCGCCCAGCAGAGAGCCUCUGCAGCCCAGUGUGGAGCAAGAAGAGCAAGGGAAUAAAGGAGCCGAGGUGCAGGAGGAGAGCUGGAAGAAGAUGGAGGGAGAAGGAGCAGUAAUCCGUCACAUCGUCCCGCUCACCACAGAUCCCUCGCCGACCAUCAGCUUCACCGACCCGGCCUGGGCUUCGUUAGACAAGACCACGCCCCUGGAGGCCCAAGGGUCGGAGGUCAGGGGCGGGGGGGCGAUGACUGCCACAGAGAACAUGAAGGAGGCCCAGCAGGUGGUGUGUAUAGACUGGAAGGACCUGGUUGGACGUGGGUAUGUCGUCCUCAACAUGACGCAAAACCUGAACUGUGAGGAGUUCCGUGUGGACCAGGGUGUGCGGUUGCUGAAGAUCAUCGAGCGAGAGUUUGCUCGGAAGAUGAACAGCCCUGAGGGAUCAUGGGUAAUCUUCCUCAGCAAGCCCACACACCAGCAGCACCAGCUCCUGAUGAAUGUGGCAUCUGGCCACGGAGUGAUCGGCACCAGUGAUGUGCUGCUCAUGUUGGGGGAGAUCAGGAAAAGACUGAAUGAGGUGGGAAUCCAGAGCUACAGUGCCACCAGCCGCUGUGUGUCCCGGCCCAGUCAGACACGCAGCGACUACGGGAAGCUGUUUGUGGUGCUGGUCAUCAUCGGCUCCGUCUGCAUGGUCAUCAUCACUUCUGGGUUCUUAUACAUCUGCUGGCAAAGACGACUGCCGGCAACCAAGACGACGUUUCGUGCUGAGGAGCUUCACUUUGUGGAGAAUGGUUGCCAUGACAACCCCAUGCUGGACGUGACAAACGACAACCAGCCUGAGAUGCAGGAGAAGAAGCCAAGCACGAACGGACUGACGGGGGGGGGCGAGAGAGGAAAGGACGACAGCAGUCGCUGGCAGGUGUUUGUCAAUCAAACAGCGGCUGAGGAGGAGGAGGAGGAGGAAGAGCAGGACACACAUCUCUGA